AUGGGAGACGAUAGGUUGGAUCUCGAGCUCUCCGAUGAGGUUCUAUCGGUGAUUCCGAUGGAUCCUUUUGAGCAGUUGGAUCUCGCGAGGAAGAUUACUUCAAUGGCGAUAGCUUCAAGAGUCUCGAAUCUGGACUCUGAGGUUGUGGAAUUGAGACAGAAGCUUCAGAGUAAAGAAACUGUUGUCCGUGAGCUUGAAGAGAAGGCGUCUCGUCUCGAGAGAGAACGUCGUGAGGCGGAUUCGAGGUUGAAGAUGGUCCUCGAAGAGAAUAUGAUACUGAAGAAAGAGAAGGAUUCACUAGCAAUGACUGUAACAAAACUCACUCGUGAUUUGGCUAAGCUGGAAACAUUCAAACGGCAGUUAAUCAAAUCUUUGAGCGAUGAGAAUGCUCCUCAAACAGAGCCUGUUGAUAUAAAGGCAUGCGACCAGUCAAGUAUUGGAUCAACUGGUUCAUAUACAGGCAAAGAUGAAAGGACCAAUACAUACUCAACACACCGUUCUUACAGUGGAUCUACCGACAUUAACAAUCCAAUUGUUGAAGCUUCAAAAUACGCUGGAAACGAAUUCUCAAUGACACCAUACAUCUCUCCACGCCUUACUCCAUCCGCAACACCGAAGAUUAUCUCCACAAGCGUAUCCCCUCGAGGCUACUCUGCAGCGGUUACUCCCAAUAGAACAUCCGGUGCAGUUUCUCCCUCAAAGACAACAAUCUGGUACCCUUCGAGUCAGCAAUCAUCAGCUGCUAAUUCUCCACCUCGCAACCGUACACUCCCAGCUCGUACACCACGGAUGGACGGUAAAGAAUUCUUCAGACAAGCCAGGAGCCGGUUAUCAUAUGAGCAAUUCAGUGCCUUCUUAGCUAACAUUAAGGAACUCAAUGCUCAGAAGCAAACCCGAGAGGAAACUUUGAGGAAAGCAGAUGAGAUAUUUGGGGAAGAUAACAAAGAUCUCUACCUAUCUUUCCAAGGUCUUAUCAACAGAAACAUGCGUUAA